UCUGUAGCUGUGCCCACAGGAGAAUUUGUUUUAAGUCUCCCUGCUCCUUUUAUUUUGCUUUAAGGCUUUGGCAGCAAUGUGACAUAAGUUUGGACUAUGCCCUAGGUGCUUUCAAAUAAUAUAAAGCAAGAGCUAUCAAUACCUUUACCCUAUGUUCAUGAAGCUAUUUAUGCCUACAUAAGCUAGCUUCUCCUGUUGGAAUCUACCACUAGAGAAAUGCAGCCAGUUUGAGAGAGAAGUCUGUGCAAUUUGACGCCUGGUUGCAAAACAGCAAAGCAAGGGAAAGUAAGAGGAACUGGAAUCGCAGCUUCAGAUCAGCUACUGAAGGUGUGCUGCACUUUGAGUACCCUAUUAAUUCCACCAUUUUACAAGCACUAAACUAACUGCAGGAUGGAGUCAAAAGAAAGCAUCUUCAGGCGGCAGUUGGUAGAUAUUCAUGGUGUUGCCAUGUUCUGGAGCAUUGCUGAGGAGUGGGCCCAGGUGGAGAACUUCCAGGCCAAGCCAGAUGAUCUUCUUAUUGCCACCUAUCCAAAAUCAGGCACAACCUGGAUCAGUGAAAUUCUGGACAUGAUUUAUAAUGAUGGGAAUGUGGAAAAGUGUAAACGAGAUGCCAUUUUUAAUCGUGUUCCUUUCAUGGAGCUGAUCAUUCCUGGAGUUGAAAAUGGUGUAGAACAACUGGCCAAGAUGCCUUCUCCACGAUUAGUUAAGACUCACCUCCCAGUGCAACUCCUUCCUGAGUCUUUUUGGGGAAAAGGCUGCAAGAUGAUCUAUGUGGCCAGGAAUGCCAAGGAUGUUGUUGUCUCUUAUUACCAUUUCUACAAGAUGGCAAAGAUGCACCCAGAGCCUGGCACGUGGGAUGAAUUUCUGGGGAAAUUUGUGGCAGGGGAAGUGGCUUUUGGAUCCUGGUAUGACCAUGUGAAAGGCUGGUGGGAAAAGAAAAAGAGCCAUCCUAUACUGUAUCUCUUCUAUGAAGACAUGAAAGAGGACCCCAAACGUGAACUGCAGAAAGUGAUUCAGUUUCUGGAAAAGCAAAUAACGGAGGAAGUGGUGAAUAGGAUCCUUCACCACACAUCAUUCAAGGAGAUGCAGAAGAAUCCCACUUCAAACUACAGGAUGGUGCCCCCUGAUCACAUGGACCACAAUGUGUCACCCUUCAUGAGAAAGGGAAUUGCAGGUGACUGGAAGAACCACUUCACUGUAGCUCAGAAUGAGAGAUUUGAUGAGGAUUAUGCUGAGAAAAUGAAGGAAUCCACCCUACUUUUUCGAACAGAGAUCUGAGGGACAAACAUUUUUCCCUGCAGGGGAAAAAGCCACUUGCUUCCCUGCUGUCAGUCAUGCACACAUGACCCCAAAGCUUCAGUCCCACCCAUAUAAUGGCCCAGAAGGAGCACUUGCGGCUCAUCAGCUUAACUGGACCAGGUGAUCUGGGGAGCCAAUAGGUUUGCCUUAUGUAACUAUUGCUUCAGACUUGGUUCCUUAGUCUGAGCAAUUUGUCAAUAAGAAAAGCCAUGUGGAAUCAUACACCUUGCUUCUCUUCCUCUUGGACUGCUGCUUUUUGAAAAGUGACUAUAUGCUUAACCUUGACAAAGUACCUGCCUCUGUCUCUUCUGAUAGAUGUUUGUUCCUCUGGACCUGGACUUCCUCCUGACCUGGCUACAGUUCUGACUUAUUCAACUGCUCCAGAGAGAGAGUCCCAUAAGGAUAAAGGGGUUGCUUUUGUCUAGUUUCCACAUUCCGUACUUCAUUCAGUUUUGUCCAUGAGAAGCCCUUCUCUGUUUCCAAUAAAGUUAUCAGUCUGUCA